AUGUUGGACAUCGAUCUAUAUCGAAGAAAUCCGGAGAUCAUCCGAGAGUCUCAGCGCCGGAAAUUCGCCAGCGUCCAAGACGUUGAUGAGAUAAUCAUUCUCGACCAACUAUGGCGUCAGCGCAAAUAUGAUUAUGAUUGUGUCCAAAGAGUGUUCAACAAGAUAAACAAUUCUGUGGCCAAGCUCAAAAUAUCUGGUGCUGAUGCAACUGAGCAGAUUAAGCAAGCAGAGAUUAUCAAACAAGAAGCAACCAAGAAAGGUGUGGAAGUUGGUGAAGCUUUUGCUGCUUUGCAAGACAAAUUGUUGACAGUAGGAAAUCUCAUCCAUGACUCGGUUCGAAUUUGUGACGAUGAGGCUUUUAAUGAAGAGAUCAACGUUUGGGGUGAAAAGCCGGUUGCGAAGCGAAAAUCCCAUGUGGAUCUCGUGGAGCUUCUCGAUAUUGUUGAUACCAAGAGAGGUGCUAAAAUAUCUGGAGCUAGAGGGUUUUUACUAAAAGGAUAUGGUGUUGCUCUUAACCAAGCUCUUAUCUGUAAAUGCAAGAGCUACUAA